AUGAAUAAAGUUAUCAUAAAAAUUAAAACGAAUUAUCUUGCCAUCAGUCUAAUCUUUACAAGGUUGUAUAAUCAUUUUCGUAUUCAACAAAAAUUAACUGAAGGUGAUAUGGGAGAUCAUGUGAAAGAAGAAGAAGAUGAGAAACAAACAGAAGAUCACUUAGUCAGCCUAAAGGUACAGAGAGGUGAAGUGAUGAAAUACAAAAGUUCUGAACGCUGUAAUCCAAAGACUGAUGUAUUUCAGCCCUGA